AUGUCACCCCAUGGAAAUGAAAACCUCUCAGUGAUGUCUCUGCAGGAGUUUGUCCUGGAAGGAUUUGGGGGUAGCCUGCAGACCCAGGCCCUUCUAUUUGCUCUGUUCCUGGCCCUGUACAUGGUGGCCGUCCUGGGGAACCUCACCAUGACUGUGGUCAUCACCCUGGAUGCCCGUCUGCACUCCCCAAUGUACUUCUUCCUCAAAAACCUCUCCUUCCUGGACUUGUGCUAUGCAUCGAUCAUCACCCCUAAUACACUGGCCAACUUAUUUUCCUCAUCCAAGGUCAUCACCUUUGCAGGAUGUGCCACCCAGUUGUUCUUCUUCUCCUUGCUGUGCACCACUCAGGGCUUCCUCCUGGCCGUGAUGGCCUAUGACCGCUUCCUGGCUGUCUGCAGGCCCCUGCACUACCCCAUCACCAUGCGCCCCUCUGCAUGUGCCCGCCUGGUGCUGGGCUCCUACUGUGCAGGCUGCUUCAACUCCAUUGUGCAGACCAGCUUCACCUUCAGCCUCCCGUUCUGCAGCUCCAACCACAUCAAUCACUUCUUCUGUGAUGUGCCCCCCCUGCUCCGACUUGCCUGUGGUGACACAACCAUCAAUGAGCUGCUCUUGUUUGGCAUCUGUGGGCUCAUCAUUGUGGGUGUGACCGUUGUGGUCCUCAUCUCCUAUGGCUACAUCACAGUGACCAUCCUGAGGAUGUGCUCAGCAGCUGGACGCCACAAAAUCUUCUCUACAUGUGGCUCCCACAUGACUGCAGUGACUCUCCUUAUUGGGACCGUCUUUGUCAUGUAUGCCCAGCCAGGAGCUGUGGAGUCCAUGGAGCAGGGCAAGGUGGUCUCUAUCUUCUACACCCUGGUCAUCCCGAUGCUCAACCCCCUCAUCUACAGUCUGAGAAACAAGGAUGUAAAGGAUGCUCUGUGGAGACUGGGCCAGAAGCAUACAACCACAUGA